UUAAGUGUACAUAACCUGUGUAUCUUGGUGUGUGAACCUGGUGACUAUAUAUAGCCGUAUUAAGUGUACGGCGACUGGGAACACUUUCGAGCUGCGCCAUCGUACACAUCCUGCGUAAUGGCCGGGCAGUCAGUGCCGGCCAGCUCGAUGCCUGCCGGAGAACGUAUGACUGAUGAAAACUACGCGAUUUACCGCAAUGUUGUUGGUGUGCUGUACGUGGCCCCCAAGGUCAUCCGAUUCGUUGUCAGCAAAGAAUGUGUCGACAAAAAGAGCGACGAGAGCUACAAAAAAUACAUGGAACGCCUAAAGGGCAGGGAAAUAACUGAAAAUGAAUGGAAACGUGAUGAAUGGUUAAUCUCGAGAGAUUUGAGCCACCCUGAUAAUUUAGACAUCACUGGGUUGUUCUGUCUGCUGGAGAAACUUUCUAGGUUACAUGAUGAGUGCUGGCGGAGCGAAAAACUUUCCAAUUCAAAAAAUAAAAGUGAAGAAGGUGGCGGAGGCGUGGUAACCGCUACAGCGAGUAUGGGUGGUGGCGGUAGACAACCUGACAAAAACGAGGAGCUUCCUCCUGCAGAUAGAAAGUGUCAACUUGAGAAGCUGUCUCCCUUAGAUAAGAAUGAUGAGGCGAGGGAGUUUCAAAAACUGCUAAACAAGCUGCGUAAGGUCAAGGAUUUGCGAAACAAAAUCAUGCACGAGUUCGAAGUAACAUUGACCCCUCAAAAAUUCAGUGAUUUGAAGACUGCUUUGUUAGAGCUAAUUGAAGAAGCCGAAAGGGUCUAUUCACUGCCACAGUCCGAAGUUGAAAAUCAGAAGAAAAAUGUACAUGAUGACUUCGAAAGGCUGCAGACUUUGGACAAAAAGAGCAUUUAUUACUGGUGUAUGAUAUUAAAUAUGUCAGGAAAACUGGCCGUUAAGAACCUCUGGAUAACCAAACUAUCCGAAGAGACCCUCCCGCUACUCAACAGUAAUGUGCAGCGUCAGGAAGUAUUUCAUGCUCUCGACGUGAUGGUGAGAGAAGGCCCGAAAGGUCAAGUUCAGCCGUACCCCGAAAUUUUCAAUGCUCCUGAGAAGGCAAUUAUAAUAUCCGGUGUUGCUGGUGCCGGUAAGACUACUCUUCUAAAAAACAUCGUGCUUCAGUUUUUCGAGCUAAAGGAAGGAAAUGCUGAUUACCUGCGGCAAUUUGACCAGCUCAUCCUGUUCGAGUGCAGGGAUCGUACCACCAAAACACUAGCUGACGUCAUCGAGCAGCACUUUAAGGCUCUGUGUAGGGAAUUAGAGGGUAAACAAAACGUCCUUGAUGCCCUCUUACUUCUACACGCCCUAUUUGUCAUCGAUGGGUACGACGAAGUAAACCAAGUUUCAAUCAACGUAGUGGGAGAGAUCAUCGAGAAGACGUCAAGCAGCAACUGCCGGGUGCUGAUCACGACUCGUCCUCACAGUGCGAAGGAGAAACUGAAAAUGCUUCUUGCUACUAACGAUGUCAAUUCUACCGAAUUCGAGAUAAAGCCGCUCACUGAGCUGGAUGAGCAGCUGGAAUUUUUGACAAGGUAUGAGAAGAGUUUAGACAUCAAAAAAGGUGAGAUGACAGAAAGCUUCAAAACGCUGAAGGAAGAUGUCAGAAGUCUGUUCACCGAACCCAUCAACUUGAUUCUUUUCUGCGACAUGCAUAAGCACAUGCCUGAGACAAUCUCAUUGUGGGAAAAGCCCGGGGACGUGGCGAAAGAUAUUCUACGCUUGUAUAAGAAGCUUGUCACCAUAAAGCUUGCUAAUGUAACUCAUCGUGAAUGCGAAGUCAUGUUAGACGAUCUGUUUGUUGUCAUUGGCAGCGCAGCAUUGGAAUUCAUUCGUGAAAACAUUGUAACUUUCUCAGAAGAAGAACUGCGUCAGGUUCAACGAAAAUGCAUUCCGAUACUGAAUAACACGGUGGAGUGUGGCUCUGAAAUUAUCCUCUCCAUGGUGCUGAAAGUAAACAGACCUCUUUCUGGGAUCGGACAUAUCACCUACGCUUUCCAUCACAAAUCAAUCCAAGAAAUGUUUGCAGCCGAAUUUGUUGUUCAGCGCAUCCUAGCCAGCAAUGACAGCCUGAAUAGUAUCUUGGAGGCCGAGCCUGAGGAAAUGAGAAGCCUGCGUGAAGUACUGCAGUACGCGCUACAGGGCCUCAGCCGCUGCAAGCCCGGCCUCUUGAAGAAACGCUGGCCAGAGCUGAAGCAGGCGCUGAAUGACGCUGGCGUCGUCUCUGCCGCCGACUGGCAGGAGUGUCUCCGCAUCUGCCCCGACGUUGUGCAGGUGGCCAAGCUUGUCGCUACAUUCUAAGAAAUCGCUGCGUACCAAUGAUUCACCAGCGUCUAUCCUGGCUUGUCCCAAAAUGAGUUAGCACAGGCGCGUAAAACGCAACUCAGCCAGCAGGAGCGCGUAAUUCAAGCUACAAUUAGCGUGAAAAUAUGAGCGCUUCUAAGAGGGAGCCUCACGGCCCUGAUGACGGAUAAUAAGGCAGCAUGUGAUAAAUAAAUUUGUUGGAAACAUCAUAAGAACUCUUUCCACAGACAGACAAAUGAUAUCACAUAUAUAAUGCUAGUUAGAGAGUUCUUGUAAGAAAUAAAAUGGUAAUAUUUUAAGCAUUUAAGAUAACUUUAAAUAUCAAAUUAGGUAUUCAGCAAUACUAGUGUGAUAAUUUAAAUGCUAUAUUUAGCCUAGCCUUUAAACCAGUGGUUCCCAAACUUUUUCAGGCUGGCGCCCCC